AUGACUCCGUUCACCAUCUCGAUCUUGAACCUCCUCCUCGUCACCCUGUUGAUGCAGGGUGGGGCAUAUACCUUCCACAUGGGUAACGUUCGUAUGCAGAUGAAAACGACACAUUUUUGCAACUCUGACUUGAGGGACAUCAAGGGGAACCCGAUGGCAUGUCACAUCUCCAAGGCUAUGGAGACUGAAGGGCUGGUCCUCCCUGGUAUGGAUGAUAACAAGUCGUUCACCGUUCAUCGAGACAUCUUCAUCGCCAAGGACGGUCAAGCGGUAGUUCAAGCAGCACCAAAUCACCCGUACUUGUAUCUCCUCAUGAGUCAGAACGACACGCACUUCAGCACCUCCCAACUCUUCAAUAAACGCUCGUUCCUUAUAGAGCAGGGAACCAGGAAAAAGACUGAUAAGCCCAAUGGUCGCAAGCUCAGUGCCAAUCGUACGCUCGAAGAUGAUGGUUGGGUCUAUAAAGGUUUGGUAGAUGAAGGUGGACAGAAGCUGAACAAAUGGGUCAGAAGUGGAGUAGAAGGUGUUGAUCCCAAAUCGGGUAUCAAUUUCACCGCCCUCGCUCAGACUGGUGUGAUCACUAACGCUUGGGUCCUCUAUCUUGACAAGGAUCAGAAGCAGAUGGUGAAGCUCUUGGGUAUCAACACCUUCGAGAAUGAUACGGUCUAUCUCAAGUCCGAGGUCACUCAUUGGGAAGAGCUGGACGAGGCAUUAACUUUAGAUGUUGCCAUAAAUGGUAUUCACGCGGCGUAUGAUAUCGUCCAGAACUACAAUGUGGCAGCAGCGAAAGAGGAGGCGCCUCAGCUAUUUCCUCAGUUCAUCAAGACCCGUUUGGUUAGCGAAGAGGCUCGUCUAUUCUUCAACGAUGGGGAGAGCCACGAUUGGAGGUCGAACAAGACUCUUCUUCGUGGAAAUGGGUCGGUAGCACCGAUCGAUUAUUUUCGCCUCCCCAAUGGCACAGCUGCACAUGCGUUCUUCCUGCACAAGUAUCAACCUCUUCUACUUCUACAGGAGGAUGAUAAAAAGGAGUUCGAAUUACCACCGGCUUGCAAGAAGGGUCACACCACGUCGGUCAGUGCAUACUGCCUGUAUGUUGGUUACGCCUCUAACGACACGCUACUGGCCCUCGACCUAUAUAUGUCUUAUACCGACCAAGCUAUUGGAGAAAACAAUGCUCACCUCAAGGUCACAGUCCAUUUGAAGCAGCCGGGGACGGAGGUCGUAUUCUUUGCUUUUGAAGCCACUGGAUGCGCCUUGGUCUUCGCUGCUGAUAUUGGCAUCGCAGGCUUGCGCAUUCAAGUAUGUCUUACGGGUGGAGGCGGCGGUGGGAAUGGCACUUACGGAGGGAAAAUAGCGAUGUCGGUCGCGGUCAUAAUCAAAGUUGGUAUCUUCCCUGCGUUGAGAGCCACACUUAAUGGUCAAGUUGCGGUCAAUGCUUCGCGCAAUGGUGACAUCAAAGCAUAUGGUUCGCUGGGCAUUGAAGUCUCGGCGAUAGUUGUCGGAGCCGGUAUAUCCCUGGACAUCUUCGGUAACACUGUUGAUCACAAAUCGGACGUUUGGGAAUUCAAAUCCCACUUCAACCUCCACGUAUGGGUAGAUGUUCUCUUCUACAGCCAUGACUGGCCAUGGAGUUGGACUAUUUGGGAAGCUGGUCCGGUUAAAGUGCGAUAA